GUUGGGGCGACGCAUUGCAACCCGAAAAAUGAACUGCGUUAUUACGUUCCUCGCAAAAACAUUUAGUGUUUAUACUUAUUUACGCGAUGCUUUCAGAACAGUUCUCUACUAAACGCGAGUGUUAAUUUUGAACACUGAAUAUCGAACUUCAAUAUGUUUUGAAAAACGCAGGAACAAAUAUACCAGUAAUUGAGUUGUGACAACACAAUUCGUAAUGAGCAAGUUAAGGUACAAGUAACAUUUAUAUACAGUGUGUGACAUCUGGCAUGAAGAAAACAGUAAUUUUUAAUCAAACUACAUCUCAUUCGAAACAGAAAUGUCGAAAAUGACGUCAAUUUUAAAUACCAGAGAAAAAUUAGAAAAAUUAAACUUCAACCAUAAAGUGAAUUAUUAAUACAAUAGUCAGUUUUUUAAUCUCAUGAAUACACACGUGCUAAUUAUCGGAUUUCAAUCGGGGCAGGAAUGUCAUUAAACAUGAGAAGAAUGUGGUUCAAAAUACUAUCUAAGGUGUAAAUAUUUAUUAUAAUUGUUUCACGUAAGAUGUAGAUUUGUGUGCAAUGUUUGUUAGUAAGUUAGUGCUUGCAAUGUUGUGGUGGGUAUUCCCUUGCAUGCGAACUGAAAAGAAGUGAGUUCCUGCAACUGAAACUCUGCUGUUUCUGCCUUAAAUUUCGCUAUGGAGAAAGAAAAGUGUACCAACAGCGUGUCUCAGCAGGAACAUUCCGAUUUCGAAAGGCUGGAGCAAACUGCAUGUAAAUCGCCGACAGAAAUGAUAAAGGAAGAAGCAGAGAGUCCAGAAGCACGGCCAUCUAGCACUCCUGCCGAUCAAAUAAAAGACGAGAGUGCGCAGGAAACGCAAGUAAAGCCUCCACAUCUGCAGGAAAUCUCAUUUGAGUGUCCGGAGAGUGAAUCUGCCCGCAAGAAGCUUAUAAGUGAUGCAUUGCAACAGGAAGACGAGUUCCUGGAGUACCUCAUGUCUCUUCCCGCUGCAUCUACAGGCGCGAAAGAAAAACAAAAGUCACAACAAAAAUCGGUACAACCUCAGUUGAUGAGAUCAAUGUCCUCGUAUACGGGAAAUGUAUCAUCAGGGGGCGGUGCUAAAGUAGGCCUCGACCACUUAGAUAAUUUGUGUAAACUGAUGGAACAACUUGGAGACCUGAGGGAACAAAACUCCAAGCUUCAGAGGCGCGUCCAGUACUUAGAAGAUUUGAAGAACCUUCAAGAAAUGCACAAACAAUUGCAAGAGGAAACAAAGAGGCGAGAAUUUCAGGACGUUGCCUUUCUGCACACUCUUCAACAGCACCGGCAGUUUGCGGCUAGAAGGCACGAACACCGCCGAAUUGUUGAGGAGAAUUUCCCUAGUCCGAAACGAGAAGGCUCUGAAGACAGUCUCGUGAAUGAACAAGUGGCUAUUUCUGCCAAUAACAAGCGUAAUAAUAAAUGCAAAUCGAUGACAAAUGGCAGGUUUCGACAGUCGCUUUUACGUUACCAGCAACGAGAACGCAGCAGAUCAGUCGGAAUUGCAGAGAUAAAACGACAUAAAGUUAGGGGCGGGAGGUUUGGGCAUGAAAUGUGUGAGACAACUAAACUUCAGACGAAACUGCAAGGGAUACCGGCCCUUGGAAUCGCUGGUGGCACUAAAGCCAAAGUGUCCAAGUGGACUAAAGUGAAAGAGGCAUUUAGAUGGGAAAAGGCGUCUGUUGUGAUGUUGCCGGAAGCCAAGUCACAGGACAGCGGAAUUGGGGGCGGGGAAGAUACGCGAUACCUGAAGGUGCCUUGCGGCGACAAUUUGCUAAGUGUAAGCCCCGUAGAUUCUGUUAUCAGUGGACACUCAUCGUCAGCGUGCUCCUCGGUGGGUCAGUCUCCUGGCUACAUGACCUGUCAGCACCCCCUUGCUGAUUUUACCCUCCCACUCGCUACUACAAUUUCUUCAUCUUCAUCUUCUGAAGACCUUGAUAUGGACCUGAACCUUGCAGACAUGCUCGCCGAUUACGGACCCCAGCGCAGUGCGUCGGCCACGGACUCAACCGGUGGACGGCUGCUAGUGCAAGACACUCGACGCCGGUCGCUGUCGCAGAUGCCCGAGGAGGAAGACGCCUCGCGACGUAGCAAGUCCCUGGAUGGAGAUGCUACCAUUGGCAACAGCGCCCUAAUAGCUAGGCAUUUGGUUUCUAAGGAUGGCGUUGCUAGUACUGCAAUAGGGAAAAUUCCUCAUCAGAAGGCACAUAAAACUCCAUGGGGCAAAGUGAAGGACAUCAUCCAGACUCGGAAGGACAGCCUGAAGAAGCGCCAUCGUCACGGCAAGUUGGAUACAGGAAGCAAGAGCACAAGCGAGGCAGCUCCCAGUGACCACGAGGAGGAAACUGGGAGCACUGAGCAGGCACGUGAAUCUUCGGACAAGGAGGCGGGGCCCACAGGGAUGAACGCGCUAGCCGCAAAGCCACGCAUAGAGGUGAGUGGCGAUGUGACGGGGUCGAGGAGCUCGACCACCAAGAGGCAACACAGCAAGACUUCGACCUCCUCUCUUGAUGGCCAUCUUCAAGCCAGUGACUCUCCAACAAAUCGACGCCUGACGCCUGUAUUGACCAUAACAUUGCCUUCAACUGAGGAGCUCAGAGCAGACCAGCAGUUGGUUCGCAGCAACAGCAAGCCACCCCCUAGUCCGCAAACAGAAGACAGACAUCACAAGUUUUCCACAGCAUCCGUCCCUGCUACAAGCCUUCAUGGGGCUAAUGGGAACACUGACCAGGGAGCAACGGAUGACACGUCAAGUAAAUGCGACCAAUAUAAGCGACAGACGGCAUUGCCACGGCCGGCGUCGGCAAGCGCUGGGACGUCUCCUCCAGUUCACCGUCGUUCCUCCAAAUGGACAAAAGUGAAGAAGGCAUUUCUGACGUCAUCAGCACCCGGGCGUCGAGAGGACGACGGAACGGGACGCAUUAGCAGCUCCGUACCUUCUAGCCCAAAUAGAAAUUCCAGUUUCUUCGAUGAAAUGGACACAGACGAGCUUAGCAGUGGGGAAUACGGAGAGAUCGGCGUAUCCGGAACAAAACCAGAUGAUGGAGGGGACGCUGAAGUAGCAAUGCAGUCGACAAGUAUUCACGCAGAAAUCCAGAGGAAUUACGAGGAGCUACAGCAAAAGCUGAGCCAGGAAUUUCACAAGAAGUUGCAUGGGUGGGAGAGAAUGAAGGCUUCUUCUUCUGCAUGCCGGGGUUCUGGAGGGGAUGACGGGUUCCUUCACCACGAUAAGGGGUUCCGUCGCAAGAUGGAGGAGUGGGAACGCAUGAAGCACCCUCAGCAGAAUCAGGGCGGUAGCACCAAGCACCGCGACUCCGUAACCUUCCAGACGUUGGAUGAAGACAGUCUUUCACCAGACUUCCGAAAAAAAUUACAGGAAUGGCAGAGAAUUAAGAAGUCACUACCCUCCAGUACAACACCCCAGUCCACGGGGGAGGCUUACGUCAGCGGAAGUGCAGUGCCGCCUCAGUUCAGAAAGAAGAUUACAGAGUGGCAGCUGUGGCGGACCGGGAGUGGCAAAAGCGACAGCCAGCACAGGGCAGAGGACCAGACAGAAGAUUUUGAGAGGGAGCAGCAGGAAUGGGAAAGGGUGAAGGCCGCUUCUUCAAGUCCGAGCCCUGAGACGGUGACAAGCGCGCCGGGUCAGGACAGCAGCGAGCGGGCAGGCGGCACCAAGACUCCGAGCCCGGGAAUAGUUCGAAGAGAUUCCACAGGCAAUUCCAAAGGAUGGAGCAAGAAGCCGAUCGGAAUCAGCAAGGGUUCUGUGAACGUCGCAGAAGUUCCUGGUUCCGCAAAGGAGAAAUACGAAGUAAGUGGGAAUAUCAGCAUGAAGAGUGGAAGCAUAGGAAGCAAAGUACAUCACAAGGGCAAGAGCCAAAAGGAGAAGGAGCUGCAGUGGCUGGAGAAGGAACUGCACAAGAUCGAGAGAGAGAAGCAAAGAUUGGAGAGGGAGCGGGAAAAGUACCUGGAGAGAGAGGCAAGGCUAGAGAAGAUGAGGCGUGCUAUGGGGUCAGGACAAAGGGAGCAGGAGGUCCUUAUACAAACAUCGACUGGGUUCUUCAGAUUCCAAGGCAUUUCUGAGAAGUUCACGCGACGACUGUACGAAUGGGAGAAGGCCAGAGGAAUAGGACCGGAGGCUUCCACGUUUGCACUCCUGGAUCCUGGUUACCGACCGUCCAGUGACGGGAGUUCCCCCAGUCAUGGUGGUUCGGAUAAUGUGGAGGGCGGCCUCCUGCCACGCUCCAAGUCUGCAAGCAGCGUUACAAACCUCGGAACUGUAGCAACGAACGUUGGAACGUCGAGUCUGUCCCUUAAUGACGUCGAGGUGUUGGAACAAACUGAAGCGUCAAACCUAGAAGAUUCGCGCGCGGCUUCUGAACCACGUCUGAGGACUACCGAUGGUCCAGAAGACGACGAACCGGCGGCCGUCAUCGUCGAUGUGGAAGAUGUCAUUGAGGAAACAGCAGCUCCUCUACCGGUUACUCCAGUGGUCCUGAGUCAAACACCAGUUUAUUGUUAUGCUCCCGAAGAAGUGACAAGACUCAUAGAUUCUAGCGGAAGCGACAGCGAACGUGACUCUGCCAAUAUGGUGCAAAGGAAUGACUCCGUCCGCACGGAAUCCAGUUACAAGCUACUGGAGGAGAAUAUAAACCUCCUAAACAAGCUGAAACUGAAGGAGGACAUUUGCAGGAAACUGGAAAGCGAGAUUGAGAAUUUGGAAGGAAAGAUUGAUGAUGUUGCCAAAACACACAAACAGGAAUUACAAAGGCUCAGACGCGAGGAAACUGAUCUACAUGUUCACAGUGAAGGAGAGAAAGUGGCAAGCGACUCGUUGGAUGGCCCUCAGGAGGAACUGGUGGCCGAGUUGAGGGCUCGAAUCAGAGACCUGGAGCAGCGCCAGGAUUGGCUUCUGCGAGAGGGGGAAACAUUACAGGACUCCUUUGCCCAUCAUUCAGAACAACAAGCGGCCCUGGCCCAGAACUUAGUGGGCAAGAUGAAGCAGCUUCAGCAGGCAAGCAUCGACAUGGCGUACUGCGAUCAAAGUGAACCAUUGCAGCAGAACACGAGCUGCUACCUCGUGCAGCAAAUGGACGCUAUGAACCUAGUGCAGGAUCUCUCAACUCAGCUUCUAAACCUGGCUGAGAAGCUGGAGGUGGCUCUUGCGGAAAGAAACCGAGAAGUACAUAACCUGCGACUGGAACUGCAGGAUCGCCGCCACAAGCAUCACAAACUGAGGGCGGGACAUCACUGGUUCUCCGAGGAGGUCAUGUCCGCUUCUAUGGGGUCGCUAACAGAACCGGAAAUUGGCUUAGAGAGUGGAGGUACUUAUGCCAUCCUGCCUCGGCAGAGUUCUGAAGAACUCACGCAGCUACCGUCACUUCUUACAAACAAGGUGCUGGAACUAAGAGAAGGGCUGAACUACUUGUGCACUACCUCGGGAGUACCAGCCCCCGAUCAUCAAAAGAACAGAUAUUCGGUAUGGGAAAAAGAAACAGAUGAAAUGGACGCCACUGCCACGUUCGUCUUCAAAUGUAACAAGAGAUUAGAUUCGAUUUCCGAUACAGGCCAAAACGUGAGAAGCGAUUCACCUACCACAGUUCGAGUAGACUCUGAGGGGAACACUUCCCCGGUGACGUGCAUUACAAUAACCCCUGCAUUCUGGAAGAGAAGAGGCGGUGCUUCACAUGAUCAGGCCCAGGAAGACAGGAGCUGGAAGACUACUGACACUGAAUCAACUGAUAAUACGAUUGUAGCUAGCACGUCACGGGGGGAGGAAACCUCUCCUGCCAACAGAGACAGUUUCUGCUCUGCUGUUUCUUCAGCUUCUGCUGCAUCUUCAGUGUGUGAUUAUGAGGAUGAUGCAGAAAGGGAAGGGGAUAGUUACGUCAGUGAACCAGACAUACAGGAUGGCCACGUGGGAACAGAAAUAUUGGAAAGUGAAGAAACUGAUAAGAAACUUGAAAUAAACGAUAAAAAUACAAACAAAAAUGAUUACUAUAAGAACAGUGUUAAUGACGAUAAAGGAGAAGAUAAAAAUGAGGGUACAAAGACUAUCAUAAAAUGCGGUUCUGAUAAUGAGUCGAUACACAAGAACGGAAUUCACUGUGAACAAAAUGUCAGUGAGGAUCAUCAUGAAAACUUGCCUGAAGGGUUACUUCCCGGGUACUACGAAACCGAAGUGUAUGCUGCUAAAUGUGGUUCUAGCAGGCCUGGAAAACAGAGGAAGAUAUUAAAAACGAGGCGGGUGUCAGACACACAUAUUGGAUAUAAGCGAAACAUUGAUCCCAAAAUCAUUUCUGAGGAACAAACAUUAAAAUUUGGAAGCGAUAGUAUAAUUUGUAAUGGUGGGAAUGGAAACAAUACAACAAAAAAUGCUUUGGCAGAGACGUGUCGGAACAUCUCCGAGAUUUCUCCCCAUACCGAUACAAAAAGCAGUGCAAGAAAUGAAGAGGAUGGGAAGGAACAAAGGGAAUUAGGACCAGGGGUUACUAAUAUUCAAAUCUCUGAAAGCCGCGGCACAGGAUUUAGGCAACUUUGUUCUCUAGGAAGAGAAGACAGACUUUCCCCAGCUAAGGCGGGAACCUCUGGAAUCAAUUGGUGUGCACAGAAUCCGACAGAAUCUUGCUCUGUGUCAACCCCUGAUAAUGUUUUCGUAAAAACUACGCGAAAAAUAUUCUCUCCUGUACGACAAAACAGUGGAGGAACAGCGUCUUCUGUCAUCAGUUAUGUUGUGGGGGAAACAUGUGGCAUGGACGAAGCACAAGUCCUUCAGGAAGCCGAGCAGGCAGUACCAUCUCCAGUCAUCAGCAUUCUCAGAAGAGAAGAGAGUGUAAAUCAUUCAAAUGAAAACCCUUCAGCAGUCCAGAGAAGAGAAAAUCUCGGCAACAACGGAAGACCGCCACCAUCUUGGAUGUUUACACGAAAUAGGUCACAGUCGUCGUCUCCGGCUUUGACGAGGAGAGCAGCUUCAAGGGCUGUGGACAAGAGUUACAAUGAUACAAUCAAAACUUCAGAUCCAAAUUCAAUGUUAAAAUCUCAGAAUAAAGUAUUAUACGGAAUAUCUCAAACUGAAGUCAGAUUAUCCAGCGAGAACAAGUUUGAAUCGGACUCAAACAAGGAACAUGAAACCAAAUUACAGCCUUGGAAGGAAAACGUCGCAAAUAAAAAUGUUGGAGUAGAUGAAAAUGUAAAUUCGGUGAAGCAACAGAAUUUAAAAAGAGAUUCUGAGUCACAAUGGGAUUCUUUACUAGAAAGAAACAAAAAUAACAAAGGGGAUAAUUCAACGUCGUCUUCCCGUGCAGUCACUCCUUUGUCAUCUCUUCCCCUUCUACCACAAUCCCCAAAUCUCGGUAGACGCGAUCUGUUUAAAGUGGCAACCAAGGAAACUGCGCCUAGUAUUCGUAUGAUGAUAGCGAAGUACAAUCAGAAACUAACAGAACAACAAGAUGGUGCUGGUGGCAGGUCUCCUGAGGUCAGUGGCAGCGGAUCGGCGUCACCAGUAGCAUGGCGGUCUCCUGUUGCGGAACGCCGCGUUCGGGCCCAGAUGGAGAAAUACCAAGAAGAAGUACAAAGAGUAUUGCAGCACGGUGGUAAAAAGAUAGGAGCGCAUCUCGGAAGAAAUAAAGUCCAGAAAUCGGCCAGUGAAGGAAUCAUCAGGACAUCGGAAACUUCGUCUGUUACGGAGCCCGAAAGGGGACCAAAUAAGGGCAGUACGGACACUGUAGGUACUAAACCGUUGACAGUACUCUCGAACCCAAGAAGUAUUCUGAAAUGCCCCAGUGCGGGUUCUAUAAAAUCUAUAUCUACUCCAGUUCCGGUAAAUGUGAAUGCAGGGAGAGCUGUCGAGACUACGCCCUCCUCCGAAACAGAUAAGUCUACAGCGAAGAAGCCACCGUCACCACGAGGGAAUACUUCACCCAGUCCGUCCAGCCCGUCCUCACCAGAGAUUGGACUGCACCACUACAGUCCACCUCCAUCUCGCUUGCGCGCUUUGCGAAUACAACGGGCAAAAGAAGAAUUCCUCACCCGAGGACCAGGAGGUCGUAGUUGGACCAGUGAUGGAGGAACAUCUACUGACACGCCUAGUGCCUCCGUGUCACCAGAGCCGUUCUGGGGAGGAGACCCCACUGGUGGAACUCGGAAAGACAUUUUGAGACCAGGAAUUCGAAUAAGAGACAAUGAUAACGGAAAUUGCAGUCGGUUGAGUCAAGUGAGUGUGGGAAGUGAAUCCAGCUGUGACGGCUCAGUUAUUAUUACUGGAGAGUCUGGAAAAGACAGUAGCACCGUCAGUGAUGAAGGCGUGUUACUGGUUAAAUCGGCGAGCGCAGGAAUGAUUAACGUUGACCCUAACACUUACAGGAAAUUCUACGAUGACAAGGAGUCUGUUGAUGUACAACCGAGUGCUUCUGACAGUCAAGACGGCAAAGCAAAAGCCCAGGCCUUUAGUAGGUUUGGAAUUUCAAAUAUUACCUCUCGUUUCAGGAAAGUAAAGAUGAGGAGGAACAAGGACAAGGAUGGGGGGAAGAUGAACACCGUAUCUAUGUUGUGCCGACAAAGCCUUCUUGUGGACCUGCAUUUGAGCAAGGAAGGGGCGACUUCUGGAGCAGCAGAGGUAUCAGGACCGUCUACAAGCAAGAGCUGCCCCUCUUCUCCGGUGCUACGGCGACCUUCAUCUAUAGAGAAACCGGACCCAGGUGCUUGCAGCGCGCCAGCGAGUUGGAUCCUGAACCCAGCUCGAAGAAUAUUCAAACCAAAAUAAGAGCCCGAAAGAAAUGCAUGGAGAUUCCAUUAGGAAAAUACACAAAUAUUAAUUCUUUUAUUUAAAUUGUCUUACAGAAAGUACGUCAUACCUGAAUGAUCUAUUGUUGGAACAAUUGAACCCAGUCGAUAUAACACCAUGUAUGUGAGAUUAUGAAGAAUAACCAUUAUCAGAUGCCAUGGACGUUCCAUGACGUUUUCAAAACACAGCAACUGAAAAUAAUUCGAUGAAAGUAUAGUUGACUUUAAAGGUUUUUUUUAAUGAAGAUAUCAGUUUGUUUUCGACUUUUUUUUCCUAGUGUUCCUAUAUUUCAUGUGAAUUAUCUGGUCUGAUUCUUAUUGCAAUAAAUUUUAAUAUAUGUGUUACUUAGCCAACAUAAUCGAAGAUAAUUUUAUGAUUGUCCAUUUUGGAUCGAUACAACUUCACAGACAGAUCAACUGAGGUCGAUAGAUUGCAUUUAAUUUUUCUUCUAGAGAGAUUAUGUACCUCUGUUUACAGUGAUGCAUGUGUGUACAUUUGCCAAGUUUAUAAAGAUUAAUUACAUUUAGUAGUA